AUGGCAACGACCUGUGUGAUUCAAAAAUCGCGCGAUGCGAGUCUUAUCGCUCUUGAGGCUUUGCCUCAUGGCCAGCCAGAUACAGGUUCACCUUUGGGCCCUGAAAGCUUUCCGCUGUUAGAGAAAUGGAACCAGCCUCGCGUCAAUAUUCAUCGAACCUUUGCGACGUUCUGGUCAUUCCUGGUCAUGGGUGCGAAUGACGCAGCCUAUGGUGCUCUAAUUCCAUAUCUGGAAUCAUACUACCAUCUAUCGUACACGAUCGUGUCUCUGGUUUUUUUGUCACCUCUAGUAGGCUAUACAGUCGCCGCUUUUCUCAAUCACCGCAUCCACUAUACGCUAGGUCAACGUGGUGUGGCCAUUAUCGGGCCAGCGUGCCAUCUCAUUGCCUAUGUUAUCAACUGCGUUCAUCCACCGUAUCCGGUACUAGUGGUCGCCUUCAUCUUCGCAGGGUUGGGAAAUGGCCUAGAGGAUGCUGCAUGGAAUGCAUGGAUUGGUAACAUGGCCAAUGCAAAUGAGGUGUUGGGAGUGUUGCAUGGGAUCUAUGGGGCCGGUGCAGUUAUGAGUCCGUUGGUCGCAACGUCAAUGAUUGCCAAGGGUGGUCUGCCGUGGUAUUACUUUUAUUACGUCAUGAUCGGAUGUGCGGCCAUCGAAUUGGUGGUCUCUGGCGCAUGCUUCUGGACAUCAACCGCCGCCGAUUUCCGCGCAUCCAAGGUACCAUCAGCAGACGAGAACAAAAAAGGCGGCUUGAGAGAUGCACUCUUCAAGCGCCCAGCUGCCCGGGUAACCUGGCUCUGCGCAUUGUUCUUGCUGGGAUACGUUGGAGUAGAGGUCGCGCUGGGAGGGUGGAUUGUUACUUUUAUGAUCCGAGUCCGGCAAGGUAGUGCUUUUGCUAGCGGUAUGACGGCCACUGGGUUCUGGUUGGGUAUCACGGUUGGACGGGUAAUUUUGGGGUUUGUGACGCCCCGGGUCGGCGAGAAAGUCGCAAUUUCGGUCUAUAUAGUUUUCUCCAUGGGGUUUGCUUUGGUUCUAUGGCUUGUGCCCCAGUUCUAUGCGUCGGCCGUGGCAGUGUCUUUGCAAGGCUUCUUUCUCGGCCCCCUUUUCCCCGGAGCAGUUGUAAUGGUUACCAAGCUUCUUCCUCGGCACCUGCAUGUCACCUCAAUAGGGUUUGUCGCUGCCUUUGGAGGUAGCGGGGCCGCAAUUCUCCCUUUUGCGGUCGGUGUGCUUGCACAAGCCAAGGGGGUGAAAGUAUUACAGCCAUUUAUCAUUGCCCUGUCCGGUGCGAUUCUAAUCACGUGGCUGGGAUUGCCGCGGGUGUCCAAGGUCAGACGCAAUGAAUAG